AUGAUCAGCAAGCUGGACAGUGUGCUCAUGACCCAGAAGAAAUUUAUCUUCCAUUAUAAAAAUGUGCGCUGGGCCCGAGGGAGACACGAGACAUACCUUUGUUUUGUAGUAAAGAGACGCACCGGCCCUGAUUCCCUCUCUUUUGACUUUGGACACCUGCGCAAUCGCUCCGGCUGCCAUGUAGAGCUACUCUUCCUACGUCACUUGGGUGCAUUGUGUCCAGGGCUGUGGGGAUCCAGUGUGGACGGUGCGAGAUUGUGUUACUCAGUGACCUGGUUCUGCUCCUGGUCGCCCUGCUCUAAAUGCGCUCAACAACUUGCCCACUUCCUGUCGCAGACACCCAAUCUCCGUCUGAGAAUCUUUGUGUCACGCCUUUACUUCUGUGAUGAAGAGGACAGCCAGGAGAGGGAAGGACUGCGACACCUGAAGAGGGCAGGAGUGCAGAUCUCUGUGAUGACUUAUAAAGACUAUUUCUACUGCUGGCAAACAUUUGUUGCACGGAGGGAGAGGAGCUUUAAAGCCUGGGAUGACCUUCACCAAAACUCUGUCCGACUCGUUCGAAAACUCAAUCGGAUCCUGCAGCCCUGCGAGACAGAGGAUCUGAGGGACGGUUUCACUCUCCUCGGGCUAUGAUCACAAAUAUGAGAUUCGC